ACAUGGAAUCCCAUUGUGAAGAACUAUUUAUGCCGCUUAGUUCAGUGUAAAAGGAGAUCAGAAGUUAUAAGCAGAUUGGAUGUUAGUGUUAGUCAGUAUAUACAACGUCGUUGGAUGAGUCGAAGAGAAUUGUGGGCAGCAGCUUUCAGAGACCAUGCGCCGACUUUUGAUAAUGCUACUAAUAAUCGAGUAGAAACUUCACACAAGCAAAUGAAGCGUUACUUGCAAAGAUCAGUCUGGAUUUAUUCAAGAAUACAGCAGGAGUCAAUGAUUGCUCGGUUGCGAUGCUUCACGUAUUCCUGUUCAAAACGUCUAAUGCCAAUCCUACGACUACUGACGCCAAACGCCUCGAGGAAAGUGAUGCGUGAUUACGAAAAGCAAUAGCGGGCUUCUGUUGAGGUUGAAGCUUUCGAUGUCUUCUUUCAAGACAAUGGGAGGGGAGUAGAGGUUGAUCUGCGUGCUUGCACAUGCACACGUAUAACGUUUCAGACCCGUCGGUACUCCUGCCGAUACUUGCUGUUGGUCCAUUUCAGAAAGCCGUGUUUACAGGUAUAUUUACGUCUAAUUACGCAUGCGAGUUACUCUGCUGUCACGUAAACUAUUCGCUAUUCUAUGACUCCACUUGUAACAUAUGUCGACCUAACCUUAAGUACCUGAAAUUCUCAGAUACUGAAAUUUGUAAUUUUCAUAACCGUGUGCAUGUGCACAAUGCCUUAAUUGUAAACAGGAUACAAGCAAUACCAUCAUUGAUCCUGUUAUAUCGUGUUCAUAAUUAUCUUAAUGUUUUGUGUUCCACCUUUUGUAGUUAACCAUGUCCAGUCGAAGUGUCAACAAUGGACGUGGUCACGCGACUACUUCGCAUCUCAAAACACGUCAGCAGUUGCCCCUCGAAGUCCAUGUGAUUUAUCCAAAAACAAUAAUAAGCUUAUGGAUGCGGGCCCAACGAGAAUUGCUGACGAAUCUGGAGAAAUGUUUGCCGCAAAUUACGCAGGAGAAGUAUGCGCAGGAAUGGAAC